AUGCGCAAGUACAUCCAGCAGCGUCGCCAGCACGAAGAGAUGAAGUCCAGCAGGCGUGGCCUCAGCAAGACCGGCUUCUACGCCGUGCCGAAGCCGAUGGAGAAGUGGAAGCGUGGGCGAGACAUGAUGCUGCUCGUAAACGCCGGCGCAGAGGCACAGAAAGUCCGGCCCACAUCGUACAUUUCACAGGCAUACUCAACGAUGCAGGAACGUAUGCGGAACCACGCUACGAAGUGGUUUGACCGCAUGACUGUCGCCGCUCGUGAUGGCGCCUCUUUCCUCGACCUGAACAGCUUCGCCGGCGUCAGCACCGCGUUCAUUCCCUCGUCGUCGUCCACCGCUGCUGCACUGCCGCUGUCGGCGCAGCAGCACUUGAUGGAGAACCAACAGCAGAGCCGCUUGAACGCCUCCAACGCGGUGCGUCGGCGCGAGGCAUUUUUUCAGUUUCACAGCCUGCGCUGCAACACGGAGGCACCGGUGACGCUGGAGACGGUGCCGUUAAAUGCUGGCCUGGCCGCGGCCAGCACGCUGGAGCCAGGUGUGCUAGAUUCGGUGGACGAGGCCGUUGGCGUGGGCAGUCGCUCUGUGUCUAUCGGCCGCGACGGCGAGGACGCCUCGGUGCCCACGGAGGACGGCAGAUCGCUCUCCUAUUCCACGCACAGCGCGGCACCGAGCUCGUACCCGUACCUAUUCGACUACGAGCAGCGCUCGCGCCGCCCACACCAUCGUCGAAGCAGCCGCGGCAGCGUGAGCGGGCUCUCGUCGGUGGAGGGGUCAUCUGUGAACACGUCUCGGGCCACCUCUGUGGCCUCGACGUACAGCAGAAAUGGUGAGGACGACAAGGCCAAUGAGCCCUACCGCCACGGCCGCUCCUCUGGCAAGCGCGGCGCGACGGCGACAGGGACCCAGAACGGCGCCGCAGCCACUGCGUCCGCGGACUGGCGCUCGAACGCGAAGCGCAGCAUCAUGGAGCAGCUGACCCUCUACCGCCGCGGUAAGCACGGCAAGCCGGCGGUUCUGAGCGACGAGCAGUGCCGCGAGAUGUGCCGGCUGCUUCUGGAUCGCGCCAUGCGUGCCGAGGCGGAGCGGCAGGGGCUGUCUCUCGCCGUACAGUCGAACAACAUCGCAGCCCGGUUCACCAAGGUGACUGAGCAGCGGCUCAAGAAGAGCGUUGAUCACUACUUGGAGAGGCAGAUGCAGCAGGGCACCUUAUUCUCCACGGCGGCGACCUCACGAAUGGGCGCGCCUGGUGCAUCCGCAGUCGGUGUCCUUGGUGCCGGUGCUGUGCUGCAGCCAGGCAUCCUGCCUAUGGAGGGCAAUAGCGCGUUGCUGCCGUACAGCACAAGCGUCGAGGCACGCCAGCGCGCCGUGGCUGACACGCCAGUCUACGAAGAUUAG